UUGUAAACGCUGCUUAAUUGAUAAUACGGUGUCCGAGCGCGAUGCGUCCCUCGCGUCUCGCAGGACGUCGAAUGAGGGAAGGAGGAUGUUGGGGUUACAGCCGGGGCGUGGGAAAAUGAUGGUGUGGGAAAGAGUGGGUGGCCUUAAACAUUUGAUACCGGCGGACCGCGAUGUAAUUCAGACUGCUAGCCGGCGAGAUUACCUCUGUUUUCCUCUGAUUUGAUGUUCUCGCAUUUAAAUCAUGGGAACAGCCCAUCACUGACAUUAGCGACUCUACGAUCUAUAUACGUUUGUAGCGUGGGAAAAAAUACCACAUUUUUGUAGUAUUCGCGCCUCUGACCAUGGGAGUUCACGGCCUUUGGCGGCUCAUUGAGCCAUCCGGCAAGCCCGUGCCAUUGGAGACACUCGAAAACAAAGUACUUGCUGUCGAUGUUUCCAUUUGGUUGCACCAAGCCAUAAAAGGGUUUCAGGAUGCCAAAGGAGGCUCGCUACCAAACGCCCACUUGUUAGGCAUUUAUCAUAGAGUCUGCAAACUACUUUACUUCAAAAUAAAACCCAUAUUCGUAUUCGAUGGAGGCGUACCCGUGCUUAAAAAACAAACGAUCGAAAGAAGAAAUCAAUUCAAACAACGUAACCAAAAUGAUGCAAACAAAAUCCAAGAGCAACUUCUCAACACAAUUCUCAAGCAUUCAGCCAUCAGCAAAGUUCUUUCGGAUAAAGCAAAGGCAGCCCUUGAAAGCCAAACAACCAAAAAAAUUUCACCAAUUAAAAACAACAAAGAUGAAAGAGACAAUAUGUUUAUACUACCUGCUACUGAAUUCGACUCAACCAUGUCCUCAGAUGAUGAUUCAGAGUAUUUAACUGAAGAAACCACAGAAACUGAUAGUAGCCCUACCAAGCAGUUCGACUUACAUACAAUCGAAACCAAAAGUAGCUAUUUUAAAUCCUUACCGGCUGAUGUAAGGCAUGAAAUACUUACAGACCUAAAAGAAACCAGGAAGCAAUCCUCAUGGGGACGGCUGCAUGAACUACCUAGCCAAAGUAAUGAUUUUUCUGUAUUUCAAAUGAGAAGGCUUUUAAAAAGGCAGGAGGUACAGUCAGCUUUGGAGGAAGCUGAGAAGGAGAUGGGUGGCCAUUCCUUAUCUUUAGGUGAAUUGGAAACUAUACUGAAUGAUCAUGGUGUGAUAACCAUUGAAAAUAUGGGGAAAAGAAUAGCUUCUGAUGAAAAUACAAGAUAUCUUUUAAUUAAAGAUAUAAAACAGGCCAUGGAGAAGGCAAAAAAUGAGCAAGCACUUCAGGCUAUAAAGGAAAAAGAAGAAGUAUCUAAAGAAGGCGAAAAUGGGGAAAUCUCUACAUCUUUUGAAAAAAAGUCGGAAGAAAAAAAAAUCGCAGAUGAAGAAUUUGAUGAAGAUCUUAAAUUAGCUAUUGCUUUGUCAUUGCAAGAAGGACCCUCUACAUCCAAAGUAUCAAUGGGACCAUCAAAAAGCACUGCUGUAGAAGAAGUUAAAAAAAAUCUCCAAUUAUCAUUUAUCGACGAAAAUUUUGAUUCAGACUCAAGUGAAGACUUUGAAGAUGUCGUUGAACCAAAAAAACCUUUGACAUCCGCUCAAAGUUACAUGAUGGAGUACAGUGGAUUAACACCCAGUGAAAUAGCAAAAAUUAUUGAUAAAAAUGCUGUAAAAGGCGGAAAGAAAAUAAAAAAUCACAUAGGGGAUAUAAAACAGAAUGUAAAUAAAGAACAAAAUAUAGCUGAAGAGACACAGUCUGUAGCAGAAAUUAAACAGAAAUCAGCAGAAGAAACAUUGUCUGAUGAUGAGGAUUCUGACUUCUUGGAAGUUUCAGAUGCUGAAGAGUUACCAAUAAUAGUUGACAAUAAUAAAACGAAUAGUAAAAUCGAAAUCGUUGUUGAUCCCAAUAAGAGUUUGGAGGAUGAUUUAUUUCGUGAUAUUUUCGUUAAUGAAUCCAACAAGAAAAAAAUACAUUUGAAUGAAGAAAAUGAUGAUAAAGAUAAAAUAAAUGCGAUUGAAAUCGUUGUGAAUCCCAUUGUCACCCCUGAAGAUGAUUUAUUCAGUGAUAUUUUUGUCGAUGAAUCGAAUAAGAAAGAGGUGCAGUUUGAAAAAAAAUAUAUCAAUAUUACAGAAGAAAAUAUGAAAACAAUUGUAGACAUAAACCCAACAAAGAUUGAAAAUACAGAAAGUAUAUUGGAAAAAGAUGAUCAAAAGCUUAAAAGUAACAAAGAAGAAAUAAUAAAGGUUCCAGAGGAAAAGAAUGUAAGAACUGAAGUAAAAAAUAAGGGCAUAAAUUUUGAGGUUCAAAAUAUAAAAGAACUGACUACACCAGAAAUUAUGGAAACAGUAAACAUAGAUAAUAAUUCUAAAGAAAAUAAAAAAUCUGAAGUUGAAUCAAUAUCAGGAUUAUCAGAAACAGAACUAAAGGAAAUGAAAGACAAACUUAAGAAUCAGCAAAUCGAUCUCCUCAUAGAAAAAUCAAGUAAAGAGAGAAUGGCAAAAAAUAUAUCGGAUCAAAUGUAUCAAGAGGCUCAAGAAUUAUUGGAGUUGUUUGGUGUACCCUACAUAAUAGCUCCAAUGGAAGCAGAAGCCCAAUGCGCAUUUCUCGAUGACGUAAACCUUACAGACGGUACCAUCACUGACGACAGUGAUAUAUGGCUUUUCGGCGGCAAAACUGUGUACAAAAACUUUUUAAUCAGGCCAAGCAAGUGAUGGAGUUCAAAGCUGAGAAUAUUAAACAUCAUUUUAAGCUUUCCAGGGAGCAAAUGAUUUUAUUGGCAUUACUAGUUGGUAGUGAUUAUACAACAGGAUUGCAAGGAGUUGGCCCAGUAACUGCUAUGGAAAUAUUAGCUGCUUUUCCAGCGACUGAGAAAAACCAAAUAAAUUUAACACAAUCGCAAUUGGUUAGUGGAUUAAAGGAGUUUCACAUGUGGUUUGAAAAGGGCAGUGGUAAGCCGCGUUUAUCACUAAAAAAGAAAUUAAAAAAUGUACACUUCUCCGAAAAUUUUCCCAGCUUGCAAGUUGUACAAGCCUAUAUGGAACCCACUAUAGAAACUAGCAAAGAAAAAUUUUCUUGGGGUAAACCUGAUAUUGUCGCUUUAACAGAUUUCGCUAAGGAAAAAUUUGGCUGGACCAAAUUAAAGACUGAAGAAAUUCUAAAGCCUGUAAUUAAAAAAAUCGCUGAAAGUACUUCGCAAAAAACGAUUAAGGAAUAUUUUAGAACUAAAUUUAUUAUUCAACCAGGGUUACCCAAUGAAAAAAUCAGCAAAAGGGUCAGAGUAGCUUUGGAAAAGUUUGGUAAAGAUCCUGAUGAAGUUAGCGACGAAGAUGACGAUAAACCAAAACGUUCCAAAAAGAUUAAAAAAGAUGAAACGGAAGAUUUUAAAAGUAAAAAAGUCAGAGUGAGAAGAAACUCAAAAGAAAUCAAAAAUAAAACUGGCGAAGAUAAUAAAAAUGAACCAAAAGAACCAAAGCCUACUGGAUCUAGAAGAAAAUCUGAAGAAAAAGUUUCUGAGACAAAACCAGCUCAGUCUAGAAAAACUAAAAAUCAAGAUAAACCAAAAAGUACUUCUAGUAAAAGAGCUAAGAUUUCUGCAGACCCUUCCUUGUCAAAAAUACCAGAGGAACUCAAACAAGACGAAGAAAUAAAAGAAUUACAACAAAUCACAAAAGUAUCAGCUAAAAAAGUUGAAGAAAUAUCCAACGACUUAACCAUGGAAUUAAAUAAAAAGUUGUUAUUGCAAAAAGUCAAAGAAAAAGAGCUAAAGAAAGAAAUUGUAGCAAAACAAAUUCGAAAUAUUCACAUAAGAAAAGAUGUUGUUUACCAGAAAGAGAUGGAUAAAAGUCAUAUGUUAAGGUCCAAAAUGAAGGCAAUUGAAGUGUAUAGAAGGGGUAAGAUGGGGCCAGGGUACGUUAAAAAAAAUGAGAAAAAAACGAGGUUACCAAAGGACGAUGCGGGGUUAUCCGAAAGCAGUUCGGAUGAAUAAUUUAUUUGUGUGCAUGUUUUGUUGAUUUUUUUUAAUAAACCAUUUUUUAAUUUUAUAUUUUCUUUUAUUUAUCAUAU